AUGCCACAACAACUCUUUGCCAGAGAUAUUGAGAAUAGAAAGCUCAAGCACAAGAUCGAGGAGGCACAUGCCGUGGAUGCUGAAGGUUCAGACUUAUUACUAUCUCUUAGUCUUGGCAAUGACAAAAUGGUGGGUGAAACUUCAUCCAAUUUCACCUUCACAUCCUUGAAAGGUGAUGAGGAUCCAUCAGGUUUUGCUCAAAAACCUUUGGAAAACACUAAUCUUCAUGUGAUCAAGCCUAAGCAACGCCAAUUCUCCUGCAAGUUUUGCAACAAGAAAUUCCCAAGCUCUCAAGCUUUGGGUGGACACCAAAACGCUCAUAGGCGUGAAAGAGUGCUCUCAAGGAUAGACAAAGAAUUUGAGAUGGGAACAUUUGGUAUUGGUGCUCACUUUUGUCCAUACUCAACCUUGGCACAUCAUCAUCCUUUACAUGGGUCGAUACCCUUUUAUAAUGGGACUCAUCUGCACCCUAUGGCUCACAUGCCAUUUCCUCAAUUUGCACCAGGCUAUGGUAACCAAGGUUUGCCUAAGACUUCUAUCCCAGGGCAUCGAUUUGGGAUGACCAACCCUUUGGGUGUAGCUACUGAACCUCCACAUGUUGAAACUGCACAAAAUCUGUACCACAGGAAUGUGGGGUUUGGUUCUGAACUUAACCAAGUUCCUUCCCUUGAUGCAUCUAGAAGAGCUACCAUGGCCCAUUCUGAUCUUAGUAGUCUUCUAAGAAAUCAUUGUACUGGGAACCAACAAUUUUAA